CUCGCGAUGUUUGCGUUUGAACAUCUUGGCGGGUGCUGGCCAUGGCGGCUUCGCCCCCGGGAUUUGGGAGCCGGCUUUUCCGCACUUAUGGGGCUGCCGACGGCAGGAGACAGCGGCGGCCGGGCCGGGAAGCCGCGCAGUGGUUCCCGCCGCAGGACCGGAGGCGUUUCUUCAACAGCAGCGGCAGCAGCGACGCCAGCAUCGGCGACCCCUCGCAGUCCGACGAUCCUGACGAUCCCGACGAUCCGGACGACCCCGACUUCCCCGGCAGCCCGGUGAGGCGGCGGCGGAGGCGUCCCGGCGGCCGAGUCCCCAAGGACCGGCCCAGCCUGACCGUGACCCCAAAGCGCCGGAAGCUGCGAGCUCGCCCGAGCCUCACCGUGACCCCAAGACGCCUGGGGCUGCGAACUCGGCCCCCGCAGAAGUGCAGCACCCCCUGCGGCCCGCUCCGACUCCCGCCCUUCCCCAGCCGCGACCCCGGCCGCCUCAGCCCGGACCUCAGCGCGUGCGGCCAGCCCAGGGACGGCGACGAGGUGGGCACCAGUGCUUCCCUGUUCAGCUCUCUGGCCUCGCCCGGCCCCGGGUCCCCAACGCCAAGGGACAGGGCCAUCUCGAUCGGCACCUCCGCCUCUCUGGUUGCAGCGUCAGCCGUCCCGAGCGGCCUCUACCUCCCGGAAGUCUCCCUGGACCAAGCGUCUCUCCCCUGCUCCCAGGAGGAAGCGACAGGAGGAGUCAGGCUCACCAGGAUGGUCCACCAAACCCGUGCCAGCCUCAGGUCAGCAAUCUUUGGCCUUGUGAACUCAGGAACCCCUGAGGAUUCCGAGUUUGGGGCAGAUGGGAAGAAUAUAAGGGAAUCCUGCAGUAAAAGGAAACUGGUGGGAAGUGGACCGGAGUGUCCAGGUCUGUCAAACACAGGCAAGAGGAGGGCCACGGGCCAAGUCUCUUGUCAAGAGAGAGCGCUUCAAGAGGCCGUCCCGAGAGAGCAUCAGGAAGCCAGCGUUUCCAAGGGCCGCAUUGUGCCAGGGGGAAUCGACAGGCUGGAGAGAACUAGACCAAGCCGGAAGAGCAAACAUCAGGAGGCAAGGGAAACCUCUCUCCUCCAUUCCCACCACUUUAAAAAGGGCCAAAAGAUGAGAAAAGAUUCGUUCCCCACCCAGGACCUGACUCCUUUACAGAAUGCCAGCUUUUGGACCAAAACCAGGGCUUCCUUCAGUUUCCACAAGAAGAAAAUUGUGACUGAUGUGUCAGAGGUCUGCAGCAUCUAUACCACUGCCACUUCUCUCUCUGGAUCCCUCCUAUCAGAAUGUUCAAACCGGCAUGUCAUGAACAAAACAAGUGGUGCUCUGUCCUCUUGGCACUCCUCCUCAAUGUAUUUGCUAAGCCCCUUAAACACUCUAAGUAUUUCAAACAAAAAGGCAUCUGAUGCUGAAAAGGUUUAUGGGGAAUGCAAUCAGAAGGGUCCUGUCCCCUUUAGCCAUUGCCUUCCCACAGAAAAACUGCAAUGCUGUGAGAAGAUUGGGGAAGGGGUGUUUGGCGAAGUGUUUCGAACAAUUGCUGAUCACGCACCUGUAGCCAUAAAAAUCAUUGCUAUUGAAGGACCCGAUUUAGUCAAUGGAUCCCAUCAGAAAACCUUUGAGGAAAUCCUGCCAGAGAUCAUCAUCUCCAAAGAGUUGAGCCUCUUAUCCGGUGAAGUGUGCAACCGCACUGAAGGCUUUAUCGGGCUGAACUCAGUGCACUGUGUCCAGGGAUCUUACCCUCCCUUGCUCCUCAAAGCCUGGGAUCACUAUCAUUCAACCAAAGGCUCCGCAAAUGACCGGCCUGAUUUUUUUAAAGACGACCAGCUCUUCAUUGUGCUGGAAUUUGAGUUUGGAGGGACUGACCUAGAGCAAAUGAAAACCAAGUUGUCUUCCUUGGCUACUGCAAAGAGCAUUCUACACCAGCUCACAGCCUCCCUCGCAGUGGCGGAGGCAUCACUGCGGUUUGAGCACCGAGACUUACACUGGGGGAAUGUGCUCUUAAAGAAAACCAGCCUCAAAGAACUCCACUACACCCUCAACGGGAAGAGCAGCACCAUCCCCACCCGUGGGCUGCAAGUCAGCAUCAUUGACUACACCUUGUCCCGCUUGGAACGGGACGGGAUUGUGGUUUUCUGCGACGUUUCCAUGGACGAGGACCUGUUUACCGGUGACGGCGACUACCAGUUUGACAUCUACAGGCUUAUGAAGAAGGAGAAUAACAACUGCUGGGGAGAAUAUCACCCUUAUAGUAAUGUGCUCUGGCUACAUUACCUGACAGACAAGAUUCUGAAACAAAUGACCUUCAAGAGUAAAUGUAACACUCCUGCCAUGAAGCAAAUCAGGAAGCAGAUCCGGGAGUUCCACAGGACAAUGCUGAACUUCAGCUCUGCCGCUGACUUGCUCUGCCAGCACAGUCUAUUUAAGUAAGCUCAAUGUGUCUGACUGCCCCCAGGUGAGAGGAGGCUGGUCUUGAAGCCUCUGGUGCCGUUUCAGCCUCCAUCCUCAGAGCAGGGUGGAACUCCCAUUCUCACAGGCUUCCAGUCAGCUUUUCAAACAAGAAUUUUGUUUCCAAAUGGAAACUGAAAUAUUUGUUGAAAUGUUUAAAUGUGCUGAUAACAAACGUUCUUUAAAAAGUAAACUAGCUGGGCGCGGUGGCGUGCGCCUGUAGUCCCAGCUACUCGGGAAGCUGAGGCAGGAGGAUCGCUUGAGCCUAGGAAUUCAAAUCUAGCCUGGUCAACAUAGCAAGACCCCUGCCUCUAUUUUUAAAAAUAAAUAAACUGCAUAUGAAUGCAAAUGUU